AUGGAUCAAGGUUGCAGAUGCCCUCCAGGAUUUCUAGGUGCCAGCUGCGAACCAGUUCAAUGCGUACCUGGAACCAGUCAUUCUUUCUAUGAGGAGACAGAAAAACAGUCACUUUAUGUACUUGUAACGUACAACAGUUUUAUGAACGCCACCAUUGUUAAAAACAAAGACGAUCCGAUUGUAGCGGUGUGUCAGGCCGUGAGAAACUUGACGAUUCCGAGCCUCUACUGGAGCAUCGAUGCACCCUUGGUCAACAAGAUUCUGACUGGGCAGGAUACCACUGUACAGGAGUGCGUGGAUGAUGCAAAAAGCAUGUGUGACCCUCCGUCGUCAUGCGAUCCCAACACGCUAACAAUCGAGAACAUCAACUCUAUUAUUGAUCAGUCACAACCGAAUUCCCAGGUACUCAUUAUUACCAAUUCCGCUCUGAACCAGACUCUAAGUGCCGACGAAACCAUCAAAAAAGCCAUUGCUCGCCGAAUAAAGGCAAUCUCCCAGAUAAUAAAUUUCAUCUCAAACAACUACGCACCUGUGGCAGUAAGACCAGCGAAAACAGUUCAGCAAUUCCACUACACUGUUGACAGGAGAAACAAGUUCUAUAUAGCGUUCAGAUCACUGGGAAUCGAACCCGAAGAUAUUACAUUCACAACGCAACCGACAGGACUCACCUUGGAGCAAGACACCGGUUUCUGGAAGUUAUACAGUGCACAGGAGAAGAGCGGAAAGACAAAUUUUACUCUCCAAUAUACAGGAUCUGCUUCUGAUUUCAACGUGCAGGUUUUGUCGCCUUCUGUUCUCAAUACAUUCGCAGCCGUGAGCUCCUCCGACAGUGUUGACGCAUCAUCGCCUUACGGGACCAUUGGCGCUCAGCGAACGGUUGUGGCACGAGUUCUGAAUGGAAACACUCCUGUCACCGAGAAUCUAUCGGUGAAUAUGUCAGCUGGAAUACAGUUCACUCCAGACGUGAAAGAACGUUCAGACUGCCAAUUUUCCGUUUCUUUGGGUACGGUAGAGUGCAAGGAAUCCAGUUAUGGAGUUUUGUCGGUGGUGUCAUCAGAUGGAAAAGGCUCAGCUGUGCCGUUCUUAUGCUCAAACGAAGUGCGUAUCUCCAAGGACAAUCAAAUGAACCGUUUGAGUGGUCAGCAACUGGCUACCCUUGAUGGAAGCCCAAAAUGUUCUUCUGAGCUUAAAGACAGCCCAUUGGUAGAAGUCUUACCGCUGAAAAGAACAUUCACCAUCAUAGCCAGGAACGUAAAAGACACUAGCAAUAUUGAUGGAAGCACCGUCGACAAUGUGUUCAUUUAUCCGAAUAACAUACUAGACUACCUUGUUUCCUACUUGACAGAGAAUCCUGGCUACUAUACGACUUAUCUGGCCAAUAUUUUUCCUUUUGAAAAUCCCAAUGCUGCUUACCAAACUCCUGAUUUAACAUCAUUCAUUACCUACGUCAUGAAAACUGUUCACAGCGCAACUGAGAAUAAUCGGAAAGCUCGUUUCAACUACUCGGUAGCACUGCAAAACUCAUUAUUCGUACAUGAGAGUUACACAGGUACUUUGUAA